GAGGCCCCGCCUAUUUCGUGAGGCCACGCCCCCCUCCCGGGAUCCGAGCACCGGAAGUGACGAGCAGGAGGCGGAAGUGGCUGAGGGCGCGGAGUGAGGAUGGAGUCCAGAGGAGCUUCUUCUCUUUUGAAAGACAGUAUCCCAAUUACUGAUUUUUCACUUCCUGGAUCAUUUGAAGGUCAUGGUCUGCGCAGAGGGUUUCCUUGUGUGAAAAAUGAGUUGGUGCCCAGCCACCCACUGGAGUUGUCAGAAAAAAAUUUCCAGUUAAAUCAAGAUAAAACAAACUUUGCCAUGCUGAGAAAUAUUCAAGGACUCCACGCGCCCUUAAAGCUGCAGAUGGAACUCAGAGCAGUGAAACAGGCCCAGCGUCUCCCAUUUCUUCACAGCUCAAACAUGGCACUGGAUACUCUGAGAGGAAAUGAUGAAUGCAUCGGUUUUGAGGAUAUUCUUAAUGAUCCUUCACAAAGUGAAGUUAUGGGUGAGCCCCACAUGAUGAUGGAAUACAAACUUGGUUUAUUGUAACAAACUGUACUCCAAAAUGUUUUGUGUGUGUCUUUAUACUGCAGAUCUAAAUAUGUGAUCACUAAAUUGACACUCAGUGUUAAACAGUCAUGCAGAUAUCAUUUGCCUUCCUUGGUGAAAAGGCAUAUUAAAUGUUUAAAGUCCAUACAUUGUUCUGUGCUUGUUGUCAAUUAUAUACAUGUAACCAGACAGCUUAAAUAAUGUCUCUUCAUACACUGCUCAGGAUAAGUCUCUUAGUUAUGGAAAUGCUAUACAUGUGUACAAGAAAUCCAAGAAGUACCCAUGCGUUUUAAAAGUGAUUAUUGUAGGUAAAUGCAUUUAAUGGAUGUUCUUGCAGAAGAACUUUUUAAGGAGAAAACAAAGACGUUUUCCAUUGAGUAAUGCUUUGUUCGUGAAAACUUCCAUACACUUUUUUAAGCAUUGAAUAAAAGUUUGCUAUAAAUGCUGUUGUAUUCCAAAAUAUAAUUAAUUGUGAAUCAUGGAUCUCUUAUCCACAACACAGUGUUGUUACUUUUUCUUGCCAUUACUUUAAAGAUCUUUAAUUUCUGCACUGCCAGUGGAAUCCUGCUGCAUGCAUUUCCUCCCUCCUGUUAAGGCAGCUGGAGUGGUUUGGCACUGUAGGCAACCAAAGAAUAACCAGACAGACUUUUCCAGUCCUUAUUGUAUUGCUUGUGAUGGACAGACACCAUAUGUCUGUGACCACCCCCUCUGUGUUUUUACUAAUGGAACAAAAGGGGCUGUGGUUCAAAUGGCCAAUCUCUUGUCAUCUGCAGAGAGUGUGAAACAAUACUUCUAAGGCAGGAAUUAUUUUAUCCAGCAGAUUUUUAUUACUCUUAGGUAAAGUGCUAAGUGCAUUGUUAUAGAUGAUGUUAGCAGAAAUGAGAAAUGUUGCUACAAACCUGU